AUGCGUUCGGCACAGACUUCGGGAGAGCAACGAAGGUAUACUACGAAGGAAGGGCGAGUGCGUGAAGAUUAAAUGGACAAGAAUACAAAGUCAAAUACAAGAACAUUGAGUUCCACCCCAGGCAUCCGGUAUAAGUAAACCGACCCCUUCUUGAAUGAUCGUCUUCGCGAACAAGAUGGAAGGUUUGACAACAAAUUAUUAGCACUGGGCUUCUUUAAAGAGCAACAGGAUGGUUACUUCCCUAAGUAUGGAUGUACCGAUCAAUGGAGCUUUUACUACAGACUUUCGUUGCAAGAUUAAUAUCACAAGGCGUUUGGACCCCAUACAAUUAAGAUCAAGAAGUUACCCCCUUGCAGGCGAAUUUUAGAGUAUUAGGACAAUACUCAGCCUCCGGCGCAGCUGUUAAAUUCCUCAGUUUCCUUUGCCUUCUUCAAGUAAAGUCAGGCGGCUCUGCUACCUUUACUACUACUACUACUACUACUACUACUACUACUACUACUACUACUACUACUACUACUACUACUACUACUACUACUACUACUACUACUACUACUACUACUACUACUACUACUACUACUACUACUACUACUACUACUACUACUACUACUACUACUACUACUACGCACAAGGACCAAAUGAGUUCGAACAAGGCAAACUGAUGUCCGCACAGAAGACGACCAAAGCCAGCGUGGACCACAAAGCCGAAGUCAAUUAG